UAGAGGUCAAUCUCGUUAGAGAAAUACGGAUCAAGUAGUAGAUCUUGAAACAAAACCCGAAAGUGCACCGGUUUAUUGAAAACUGUUUCACCGAAACCGUACACCGAUCGGGUUUUUAUUUGAUUUUGUUGUUUCUUGUUCCUUUUUUGCAUACAAGGCGGGUUCAAUGUUGUGUCUAGCUUGGUUAGGUUGAUUGUUUUUCCUUCUCUAUGGCUUCAAGCGUGUGAGUGUGUGUGUGUGUGUGUGUGUGUGUGUGAACAUUGAGUGGUGAAAAAUGCAACAAACUGCUCGUCACGAUCCAUUGCCUCACGCGCGGCACACGCGAGCUACAAAGCCAAACUACCUUGUGCGAAAAAAAAGGGAAGCUGUGGUGGGUAGAAGAGAUCGAUCUGGAGCUUACGAUUGCUGGACGGCUCAAGAGUGAUCAGUAGCACUGGAAGCUUGGUGCUGAUCACUACCCACAAUAGUGCGAAUAGGUGUUCGGUGUUCUUUUUUUUUUGGAACGGAACCCUUUAAUGGGGUGAAGUGUUGACUUAUUAGCCAGAAUGCAUUACUGGUUUUGCCGUUACAAAUAGUUUAAAUGUGCGUGUGUUUGAAACCAGAUUGAAAGCAUAAGAGCGAUUCUUAUACACAGCUUAGUGAGAUGUUUCAUGUGAGAUAUCGGGGUACAGUGACACGAAAUGAUUCUGCGAUGUUCGUUGGCGUGCCUGCUAGUUCUUUACCUCCUACCGGCGACGUAUGGUGGCCGGACGACGAUCCGGCAUACUCGUCACGUUGACGUUACCGACCAGCGGACACUGCUGGACAGUGCCGGGAUGCGGCCGAUGUUUCACUUUCUGCGCACGUGGAUGUUCAACAUCGUGGGACGGACGGGACAGCGCACGAGCGGGUCCUUUCUGCAGCAGCGCAUUCCGCCCGAGGUGCCAUUUCCGUGCAACGUCACGCUGGGCCGUAGUGCCAAGGUGCCGACGAGUGUACAUAAGCUAAGGCCAGGAGACAUCAACGUCAUUGCAGCCAUGGGCGACUCGCUGACCGCUGCCACCGGUGCAGCCGCGUCCGGCUUCAUCGAUCUGUACCAGGAAAAUCGUGGCCUUGCGUGGAGCAUCGGUGGCCAGUGGGACUGGCGCAACGUCACUACCCUACCGAACAUACUGAAGGUGUUUAACCCGAAGCUCGUCGGCUACUCGCUCGGCGAUGCGUACCCGUUCCAUCGGGACUCCCAGUUCAACAUGGCCGAGAUUGGGGCCGUUUCGUACGACAUCCCGUACAUGGCGCGUGCGAUGGUGCAGCGCAUACGGCGGGACCCGCGCGUCGACUGGAAGCGCGACUGGAAGCUGGUCACGAUAGCGAUCGGUGGCAACGACAUUUGCUCGUUCGUGUGCACGAUGCGCUACCCGGAGCAGCUGCCGGCAAAGCACCGGUUGCGGCUCCAGCGCACGCUGCGCUAUCUGCGCGACAGCAUGCCCCGCACGUUCGUCAACCUGGUGUCGGUGCCGAGCGUGGCGAAGGUGGUGAUGCUGCAGCGCAAACCGUUCGCCUGCGAGUCACUGCACCACGGCGAGUGCUCCUGCUGGAUCGGGAAGCUUUACAAUCAGAGCGAGGCGUCGCGGGACCGCUGGGCAAGGAUACAGGACGAGUACAUCCGGGUGGAGAAGGAGGUGGCCGAGUCACGGGAGUUCCGAGGGCUGGACGAGUUCGCGGUCGUCUAUCAACCAUGGUCGCUGAACGUGACGAUGAAAAUGAAUGGCAAGGACAUUGAUUACUCGCUUCUCUCGUAUGAUUGUUUUCAUAUGAGCCAGAAAGGAAACGCCUUUGCCGGCACUGCGCUGUGGAACAACAUGCUCGAGCCCGUGGGGAAGAAAACUCCCAACUGGCGGCCCCUCUUGAAAAACUUCAAAUGCCCCACCAAAGAGUCGCCUUACCUAAUCACGUACGAUAACAGUGGCCACAGCUAGCGGCCACUACGGGGAAAGCAGGAUUCUACGCUAGAGGGCGCUGGAGAACCUAGCAAGGUGGAUGUGAAUAUGUGUUUCUGUGUGUGCCAGCGAGUCAAAUCGAAACGUUGUGAUGCUUAAUUUAUUCUCUUCUUUACGUGUAAAGCCCAAACCAAUCCUUGUGCGUACCGGAGGCAGCGUGCGUUUUUAGUGUUUAAAGUGUUAGUAGCGAAUGGCCUUAAAGUCCUUUCUUGCCAGAGGAUAGAACCAGUGCGAUCUCUUCAGCAAUCGAUUUCAGUGCAGUUUAGUAGCAAAAUAUGAAUAAUUGUAGGAUCAGGUUCCAUGAAGCGAUCUUCAGUGCAAAUAAAUGGUGCAAUAAAAUCGAAACCAUGUCAGUAGUACACGGUGUAAGAAAACAAUAAAAACCAAAAUAAAAUGAAAACAAAUUGUUCAAUCAAACAGAUUCACACCAAGUACCCAUCUGCGCGGCGAUAAUUGUGAUAAGUGUGAUAUGUUGGCGUUGCUGCCUGCUUGCGUUGGCAAAUCAAGAUCUGUUGCAUAAUGAAGCUGAGCCACGGGUGACGCACGGUAUGAUUAUGAUGCACUCUCACCGCGCGCCCGGCAAGAGCAGCGGGGAGGGCGCAUCGUACGGUGAAGGAUGCAUUUCAUGGAGAUUUGAGAAACAAAAAAAACACACCGAAAGAAAGACAAAAAUGAACUCCUCUUCACUCAAUUACUUUUCAGCGUCGGCUUUUUCGAGGUUGUGUUGAGUGGAUUGUUUCGUUUGCAUUUGAGGUUUGCUGGUGAGGGGCUUCCAUCUUUCUUGCAGGUUGAGUCGGGUUCGUUGAGCUUCAUUGGCGAAUUUCGGAUUCUGUUGGUUGAGCAAGAGCGUUCGGAGUGUUAACCGGAGUGUUGCACGCUUUAUUUGCACAUUGUCUCGACGAAGAUGUGUUGUCACACAGCGACCAGUAGUUCGUGAAUGGCUUAGCAUUUGGCGCGUCCCAUAUCGGAUCCCGAAGGGAAGUUUCGAUUGUUUAACGCGUGCAUAACAUGUAUGCAUUCCCUUUUUUUGCAUUGGCGCUGCUUUUGGAAAGCAAUUUGUGCAGACUGGACUGGUGUGACAUUUUGUGCGUAGCAGAGAAUAAACAAUGCAAUGCAAGGUAGUAAUUAAUGCGUGCUGCUUAACCAUUGAACAACUAUGUGUGCGUUUAAAUGGUCAUGCAAAUCAUGAAAUAAUAAA